UAACGGUCCUCCUCUCUGGUGGUCCUCCUCUUACGGAGUCAGCAUCAGUCACUCUCCCACCUACAGCGCUGACUGCUCUCAGCCCGGCAGAGGAACAUGUUGCUGCACAAACUGUUUGUGUGGAUCCUGUCAGUCCUGUGCGGCACUGAUGUGUGUGUGGGAUUCGUCUACGACCGGCCCAGACGCUCCGGAGAGGACAGGACGUCAGCCAGGACAGAGUCUCGCUCUGCGUCUCCGUACGUGCCGACCUCCGGCUCCUGCAGGAACAGGUGUUUUGAGCUGGUUGAGUUGGAGCCUCCAAACUGUCGCUGCGACAACCUGUGUAAGACGUACAACAGCUGCUGCUCGGACUUUGACCAGCUCUGCCUCAGGACAGAGGGGGGCUAUGAGUGCAGUAAGGACCGGUGUGGGGAGACGCGAAGUGAACAUCACGCCUGCCACUGCUCCGACGACUGUCUGACCAGAGGAGACUGUUGCACCAACUACAAGACACUGUGUAAAGGAGACAGUUCAUGGCUGCAGGAUGAGUGUGAGGAGAUCAAGACCCCUGAAUGUCCAGCUGGGUUCGUGCGUCCACCACUCAUCAUUCUGUCGGUGGACGGAUUCAGAGCUUCUUACGUGAAGAGAGGAAGCACUGUCAUACCCAACAUCAACAAACUCAGAACAUGUGGAACCCACGCUCCGUACAUGAGACCUGUUUAUCCCUCCAAAACUUUCCCCAACCUCUACUCAUUGGCUACGGGUCUGUAUCCGGAGUCUCAUGGUAUCGUUGGAAACUCCAUGUACGACCCGGUGUUUGAUGCAACCUUCACCCUGAGGAGCCGAGAGAAGCUCAACCACCGCUGGUGGGGAGGACAACCGAUCUGGAUCACAGCGCUCAAACAGGGAGUGAAGGGUGCCACCUUCUUCUGGCCUGUUGCCAUCCCAUUAGAGAGGAGGAUACUGACCAUGCUGCAGUGGCUCCACCUCCCUGAAGGAGAGAGGCCAUAUGUUUAUGCCAUGCACUCUGAGCAACCAGACACAUAUGGACACAAAAUGGGGCCCAUGAGCAUAGAACUGAACAACCCUCUGAGGUUCAUCGACAGAAUCGUGGGUCAGCUGAUGGACGGACUGAAGCAGAUGAAGUUGCACCGCUGUGUCAACAUCAUCCUGGUGGGAGAUCACGGUAUGGAGGAGGCUCACUGCGACCGCACUGAGUUCCUCAGCAAUUACAUCACCAAUGUUGAUGACAUCAUCCUCAUCCCGGGGUCCCUGGGCAGAAUACGUUCCAGAUACCCCAACAACGUCAAAUAUGAUCCCAAAGCUGUUGUUGCAAAUCUAACAUGUAAGAAAACAGAGCAGCACUUUAAGCCGUACCUGAAGCAGCACCUGCCCAAGAGACUGCACUACGCGAACAACCGACGUAUCGAGGACAUUCACCUGUUGGUGGAGAGGAAGUGGCACGUGGCCAGGAAAGUUCCUGAGGGGAGGAGGCACUGUGGUUUCGCUGGUGACCAUGGAUACGACAACAAGAUCAACAGCAUGCAGACGAUCUUCUUGGGGUAUGGGCCGACGUUUAAAUUCAAGACUAAAGUUCCCGCCUUUGAAAACAUUGAGCUGUAUAAUGUGAUGUGUGAUCUCCUGGGUCUGAAACCAGCCCCCAAUAACGGAACCCACGGCAGUCUGAACCACCUGCUGAGGAGCCCCCUCUACAGACCCACCAUGCCAGAAGAGGUCUCCAGACCCACAGCAUCUGGUCUUCUUCCUGCAGGGACGGACGACCUGGGCUGCAGCUGUGAUGACAAGUUGCGUGUAAAAAGUAGGGGCCAGAGAGGUUUGAAAGUGACCCUUGUACGAGGCUAUAACCUGGAGUCACUGUGGCUCUGUCUCUUACAGAACAAAGUGGAGGAGCUAAACCAGCGACUGAGGCAAGCUAUUGAUGACAGCAGGAACCUGCCGUACGGUCGACCUGCUGUGCUCUUCCGUACCAAAUACUCCGUCCUCCACCACAGUGACUACAUCAGCGGCUACAGCGAGGCUCUGUCUAUGCCCCUGUGGACGGCGUACACCGUCAGCAGACAGGUAGAAAUGUCUCCUCUGCCUGAAGCCCUGUCCAACUGUGUGAGACCUGAUAGCAGAGUCCCUCCGGCCUACAGCCAGUCCUGCACCAACUACAGAGCUGACAAACAGAUCGGCUACGCCUUCCUGUACCCGCCACAAUUAUCUUCAACCACAGAUAAGAAAUACGACGCUGUCCUGAUCACCAACACUGUUCCCAUGUUUCCUGCGUUCAAGAGAGUGUGGAGUUACUUCCAGAGAGCUCUGCUGAAGAAAUUUGCGACAGAGAGAAACGGAGUGAACGUGCUCAUUGGACCCGUGUUUGACUACAACUAUGAUGGAGUCAGAGACUCAGCAGAGAAGAUUAAAGAGUUUAUAAGUGGGACGAUACCUAUCCCCACGCACUACUUUGUGGUCCUGACCAGCUGUUUAGACUUCACACAGGCUGCAGACUCGUGCAGCGGCCCGCUCACCAGCGCCGCCUUCAUCCUGCCGCACAGACCCAACAAUGACGAGACCUGCAACAGCUCAGAGGAGGAGUCCCGCUGGGUGGAGGACCUGAUGAAGAUGCACACGGCUCGGGUCAGGGACGUGGAGAUCCUGACAGGCCUGGACCUGUACCGCAGAACCACCCGGAGCUACGCUGAGAUCCUCUCGCUCAAAACCUACAUGCACACGUACGAGAGCGAGAUCUGAUCUCCGUCUGUGUUACUGAUGUUUUUCAGCCGUGGUGGAACGUAUGUGGUAUAAGAGGAGGUGUGAUCAUCUCUGUUACACUGACCUACACUAGCUUCAGCUCUCACCAGAUGCUACGUCCUGCAAUGUCCAUGCUGUGGCAUUUGGUUUCAACUCAUUCAUUUCAUCCGGUUGUUAAGAUGCAGCUUUAACACUACUGAGCUACAAGCUGAGGUGCUGCUCACUUUAGUUUAUUAUUGUUUCCUGUUUGGCUCAAAUUCCAUUAAACUACAAUCACAUUUCAGAGAAGUGACAUCAAACUGAAAUGAAAAAAAAUCGAAUUAUUUUCUAGAGCAGAAUAUGUCAUGUGUUAGAAAAAUCUGGCACAUUUUAAUGAUGUAAAAAUAUUGAAUUGCACUACAAAGAAUCAGAAUCAGUUCCAGACAAAACUGUCACAUCGCUAUUAAAGCAGGAUUAUUGAACUGGUGCAACAAGCACAUAUUUUCAUAUGAUACCAACCCAGUGAUUAAGAGGAAGUUACCUUCAUUUUUUUGACAUUGAACAAUAAUGCAAUGUGUUUCUCUGUGUGUGUGUGUGUGUGUGUGUGUGUGUGUGUGUGUGUGUGUGUGCGUGCGUGUGUGUGUGUGUGUUUAUUUUCUGUUUGUUUGACUGUUGUGUGUGUUGUGUUGUUGACUUUUUGUUCUGUGCACAAUAACAAUAAUGUCAAUGAUGAUGAUCUAGUAUUGUGUUUUUUCCCUAAAACAUUAACCACCUGUGAGGACUGACCUAUUUAUGCUGUAUGUAAAUUUCAUCACAAUAAACUUGUGUUUUUACUAAA